AUGGAAACCAAAGUAGCACUAGUAACAGGAAGCAACAGAGGCAUAGGAUUCGAGAUCGUAAAAGGACUGUGCCAAAAGUUCGAUGGUGCUGUAUACCUUACUGCUAGAAACGAAGAAAGGGGUCUAGAAGCCGUUAAGAAGUUAGAAGAAUUAGGCCUAAAACCUUUGUUUCACGUUUUGGAUGUCACAUGUGAAAAGAGUGUCCAAGACUUCGCCGCACACAUAUCUGCUCAUCACGCGGGUAUUGAUGUUUUAGUAAACAACGCCGGUGUUCUCGAUUUUGAUAAAUCGGUGUCCUCCUACGAAGAUGCAAAAAAACUUAUUGAUACAAACUUUAUGAGCUUGUUGACUAUUACGAAGAUAUUAUACCCUCUUCUUACAAAUACCGCACGAAUUAUUAAUAUAAGCAGCGAUUGGGGGUUACUAUCUAAUAUACGUAAACAGGUAUGGUUGGAUACAUUGGUUAAGGAGGACGUAACUGUUGAUGAAAUAUUGCACUUUGUAAAUGAAUUUCUACAGGCAGCUAAAAAUGGUAAAAGUUCAUAUAUUUCUUUUGCGGGUCAUUAUGGAGAUUAUAAAGUUUCGAAAGUGGCUAUGUCAGCACUCACGUUUGUUCAGCAGAGGGAAUUCACUGAACAAGGCAAAGAUAUUUCUAUUAAUUGUGUUCAUCCUGGAUUUAUAAUGACUGAUAUGACAAAAGGUAUGGGUGAUUUCACUCCAGAAAGAGGGGCUAAAGCUCCUUUAUACUUAGCUCUGGAAGCACCUCAGUCACUUAAAGGAGCGUUCUUAUGGCAUGAUUGUCAUCGAGUUAAUUGGGAUGACUAA